CAGAAAGUUCACAGCUCGUCAAACUCUCAGAAUGAAUGGUACGGCUUAUACCAACUUUGACAACCAAGAACAUGUCCUGAAACUGGGAGAGACGUUUGAGAAACACCCUAGAAGCGGCUACCACACAGUGCGAUAUGACUUCAAACCAGCCUCCAUUGAUACAACGUGUGAAGGGGAGCUUGAAGUGGGCAAAGGAGAGCAAGUCACUAUUACUUUACCCAAUUUAGAGGGUUCAAGUGCUCCAGUAACAGUUUUCAAGGGAUCUAAGAGACCGUACAUGAAAGAGUGCAUCCUCAUCGUGAACCAUGACACAGGAGAAUACAGACUCGAGAAACUCAACAGCAACAUAGCUGUCAAGAAGACCAGGGCUGAGGGGAGCAGCAAGGUCCAAUCUCGCCUGGAGCAGCAGACCAGUCGCCUGGGCCAGCAGAUGAAGACUAGCAGCAGCAGCAGCAGCAGCAGUAACAAAACCUCAGCUAGCUCCAAAAGUUCUCCUCCUAAAGAAAAGCAUCCAGCGUCACCUAUGGAUGACAUCGAGAGAGAGUUGAUGGCAGAGGCGAGGGUCAUGGACCAAAUGAGCAGCGACAGCUCCUCAGACUCCAACAGCUCCUCGUCCUCCAGCAGCGAGGACAGUUCCAGCAGCGACUCUGAAGACGAACGGACUUCCGCGCCGCCUCCGGCCCCGACACACCACAGCAUGCCUAUCCUCAACACCAGCAGCACCAACAGUCGCCCCCACGAGAGCGGAGGAGGACUUAUGAACACACUCAAAAAUGACCUCCAGCUGAGUGAAUCAGGCAGUGAAAGUGACUAAACAUGAGGACAUCUGCCAACCUGUCAACAUCAGGGCGGGUGAAGGGGGGUUCAAUGCGGAGUAACAGACUUGUCAAUGUUUCGCUUCCUUUUAUGUGGAACUGUCUUCUCUACAUAUCCACAAACAUAAUUAGUUUCUUCUACGCCAACAACCUUCAACUUUAAUAUCACCUUUUGCUGCAUUUUGAUUAGUUCUAUCAUCAUUAUUAUUAUUAUUAUUAUUAUUAUUAUUAUCAUUAUUAGUAUGUAUGUAUGUGAAAGUGAUGCCUUAGUUAAGAGAGACGUGGUAUGGUUGGUAUGACAGAAGCAGUAAACGAUGAGAAACUUACUGUCAUGUUUCAUCUCACUGGAUGUAAAUUGACCGGGCGUAGGAGAGGCAGAACGACGGCAGUGUUCACGUCAAUGGAUGUUCCUGCCCAUCUAUCUCAAGUCUUAAACAACCACUGCACUUUCUGCAUCUCAACUCAGUAACGUUAGGAACUUUAAGGUUGUGUCUUAGGUCAGAUGUUGGCUAAUAGCUUUAGUUAAUUUUUCAGCUGAAUUCAUUUCUGCAGUUUGUGUCUGGAGACAUUAAUUUGUCGCACCAGGAAAUGAUUAAUAAAAAAAAAAGUUGGAUGAGCCAGACUGAAAUAACAGUCUCCUGCUUUAGUCUUAUAGAGUUUAUGUUAUGUUAGCUAUGUAGUAUUUUGCUUUGGAUAACUGAGACGCAGCUGCUGGACGAGAAAAAUCAUUUGAUUUAAAGCUGCAUUUGUUGAUUUAAUUAUAUUUAAUAAUAAUGACAGCCUCACCUUUAUUGAGUUUUAUGGCAAACUUGUUACGUUAGGAGAUCAAAUUAACUUAUUAAGAAUCGGCUUUGUACACAUCCAGCCGUGAUGUAGCAAAAUCAGCAUUCAACUCAUGUUUCACAACCUAAUGAAUGGAAGUGAUGCUCCUUUUUUUAGCUCUGGUUUGGUCUCCACCAACUCCUGAGAAAAAGAUCUAGUUCUUAUAGCUGUUAAAGUUUCGGCAUGAAGCUUGUUGCUAACCUGUCUGCUAAUCGGAGCAGGGCAGGGUGUGUACAGUGGGUUAAUGCUGAUGAGAGCCAAGAGAGUGAACUAAAUGGCAAAGUUACAAGCUGGAAACCAAAACAAGCAAAAAAUAAAUAAAAUCCUAAAAUGCUCCGUUGAGCUGAUGGGAAUUACAGACUGCUGAUAAUCAUUCAAUGCAUUGUUAACACAUAAAUAUUGAUAACUGCAUUUCUAAGAAUGAAGACGUCUCUUAAACCUUUUGUUCGUUGUGAUACUUCAGUAUACGUCUGAUUUCUGGCGAAGUAGUGCACUAGUUCUCAGUUGACUCAGCGAGGAUCAUGCUUUGUAGCUUUAAACCUGCAAUACUUGAAUCAAAUUCAUUAUUUAUAUUUCAAGAAUAUAUAUACUCGACCAAUGGUGAACUGCUUAAUAUAUUUUAUAUAUUUUAAAAGUCAAGCGAUCGGAAGUGGAAGUUGGUAUGAACUGUGCUGUGUAAUGAGCUGGAUGCUUUGAUACUGCACUUCAAUGUGAGUCUUAAAGAACUUUAUGUGCCUUUUUUUUGUUAUCUGGCCAGUUGUAACCCGAGGCCUUGUUGUUUUGUUACGAGCACCAUAUCGCAGCUGAGCCGUCUCAGCGUACAGGAAGCUACUGUUUAUGUUGGAGCAUGUCUUUGGCAUCCCUGCUGACUGAGAGUGUGUGAGAGAGAGAGAGAGAGACUGUGAUGAUCAAUUGAAGAAGUCAAUGUUUAGCCUUAUGAGGAGGACGGUGGUUUCAGUGCAUCAUUUGUAAACUAUGCAAGAGUCAUUUCUA